CAAGCUUCAAUCACUACAGAACUUAUUGAGAUCAUUUCUGGAGCAUCAGCUCUGGAAGGGUGAUAUGCUUAAGAGGUAUUGUUUCUACCUGUUUUUCUUCACUUUCCUUUAAAAUGGAGGAACUUGAGAAUAAUUGUGCCAUAGGGCCAUGUAAGUACUGAAAAUAACGCCAUACUUCUCAUUUUUUUACAUGCAGGGAUUCCCUUUUUUAAUUUUCAACUUGUUUUACUGCAAAUGUUGUUUUUGCUGAUUUGCCCAGCAAUCUUAUUUAUUGCACUUUUGUGCUUUCUGAUGA